CACCGCCGCCGCCGCUCAUCCGCUGGGGUCAGUCUCCUGGGCUGCGCCCGGGUCGGCGGCCGCGGCGGCUGAGCAGCGAGAGCCGGGAGCCGAGAGACGCGCUCCGCCGAGAGUUGGGCAGGGCAGAGCCCGCGCCUUCGCGGCGUCAUGGGCCCCCUCCUCGGGCCACAGAGGGCACCAGCCGCAGGAACCCCCGGGCCUCCUCGCGGCCGAGCCUGAGCGACCCCCGGGUUCUCCGGCGUCCCCUCCCUCCGCCUUAUUUUCUUUACUGCUCUCGCUGCUGCUGCCGCUUCAGCUCUCCGUUAUGGCAACGGAGCCGCCAUCCCCUCUCCGGCUUGAGGCGCCCGGCCCCCCAGAAAUGCGGACCCCACCGGCAGGCGAGACCGCCCGCGAGGGCACCCCGAAGCCGGCGGGCGGCAGGCUCCGCUUCCUCAACGGCUGCGUGCCCCUCUCGCAUCAGGUGGCCGGGCACAUGUACGGGAAGGACAAAGUGGGUAUACUGCAACAUCCAGAUGGCACAGUUCUGAAACAGUUGCAGCCACCUCCAAGGGGUCCAAGAGAGCUGGAAUUCUAUAAUAUGGUUUAUGCUGCUGAUUGUACUGAUGGUGUUCUUUUAGAGCUACGAAAAUAUUUGCCAAAAUAUUACGGUAUCUGGUCACCUCCCACUGCACCAAAUGAUUUAUACCUAAAACUGGAAGAUGUGACCCAUAAAUUUAAUAAGCCCUGUAUAAUGGAUGUAAAGAUAGGGCGGAAAAGCUAUGAUCCUUUUGCUUCAUCUGAGAAGAUUCAGCAACAGGUCAGCAAGUACCCAUUAAUGGAAGAGAUUGGGUUCUUGGUGCUUGGCAUGAGGGUUUAUCAUGUUCAUUCUGAUAGCUAUGAGACACAAAACCAGCACUAUGGAAGAAGCUUAACAAAAGAAACUCUAAAGGAUGGAGUCUCCCGUUUUUUUCAUAAUGGAUUCUGCUUAAGAAAAGAUGCUAUUGCUGCCAGUAUUCAGAAGAUUGAGAAUAUUCUGCAGUGGUUUGAAAGCCAGAAGCAGCUUAACUUUUAUGCAAGUUCAUUAUUGUUUGUUUAUGAAGGUUCAUCUCAGCCAACUACUGCAAAAUUGAAUGACAGAACUUUAGCAGAAAAGUUUUUGUCCAAAGGACAGCUCUCAGACACAGAUGUACUAGAGUACAAUAAUAACUUUCAUGUGUUAAGUUCCACAGCGAAUGGAAAAAUAGAGGCUUCAGUGGGCAAAAGCUUGUCCAAAAUGUAUGCUCGUCACAGAAAAAUGUAUUCAAAAAAGCAUCACAGUCAGACUUCGUUGAAAGUUGAAAAUAUAGAGCAAGACAAUGGGUGGAAAAGCAUGUCACAGGAACAUUUAAAUGGAAAUGUACUUUCCCAACUGGAAAAAGUCUUCUACCAUCUUCCCACUGGUUGUCAAGAGAUUGCGGAAGUAGAAGUGCGAAUGAUAGACUUUGCUCAUGUGUUCCCUAGCAACACAGUAGAUGAGGGAUAUGUUUAUGGGCUGAAGCAUUUAAUUACUGUACUGCAGAGUAUUUUAGACAAUUGAAUCCUUUGCUGCAAUCUUUUAAAGGGGUGGGGCACUCAUAAUGAAGAGCAGCAGUUAAUAACUCUGCACUUGUAAUGCUGUGUAAAAAAUUUGUAUUGUGAGUCUACAUUUUAUUUGUCUUUAUACUUUUGGUAGAAGGGUUAACUUUUUUAUAAUCUUACUCAGGAAAACUAAUUAUUUGUUCUUUAGAAAACUAUAAAGAAUAAAGAAACUUAGGAAUGUUAAGCAGGGAAUGUGGUGGUACGUGGCUUAAAGAUCUAUUUGGCUUAAGCAAAAUGCAAACCAUUAUUCAGUCAUUACGAGUUUAGUUAGCUUUCUGUAGCCAAUUUAUUGUGAAAUCUCUGUCCACCCGCCCUUGACAAUGAGCCAUAUCUAAACUCAUUACAUUAUUAGAACACUUUCAAAAAUCUAGAAAGCACAGGUUGAUAUCCUUAGUAUUGCUACGUAUGAAGUUAUUA